CGCAUAAUCGGCUCAGUGAAGGAUUGUGGGACAGAAAGCUAUCGCCAGGGCAACAGGAGAGUUUAGCCAGCGGAAAUCUUCUGCUAGCUGAACGGUAACGGCGAUCAAUCACAGAAUAAACAUCUUACAUCCGAAAUACUGUUUUGGUUUGAUGCCAUGAACGAAUCGGUAGCCAAAAAGACCCAGGAGACUCUGGGGAAAGUGAUCAAAAAGCCUCCCCUGACUGAAAAACUGCUCAGCAAACCACCGUUUCGAUACCUGCACGACAUUUUCAGCGAGGUAAUACGCACUACAGGCUUUAUGAAAGGACUUUAUGUGGAAGCAGAGAUGAAGUCAGAUAACGUGAAGGACAAAGACUCGAAAAUAGCAUUCCUUCAGAAGGCCAUUGAUGUGGUGAUGCUAGUCAGCGGAGAGCCCUUGGCUGCUAAACCUGCUCGGAUCGUAGCCGGACACGAACCAGAGAAGACCAAUGAGCUGCUGCAGGUCAUUGCUAAGUGCUGUCUCAACAAGCUCUCUAGUGAUGAAGCUGUUAAACGUGUGUUAGCGGGAGACAAGCUGGAUCAGAAGGGCAAGCCCAGCACCUCCAGAUCCCAGGACAAGGAGAACAGAGAGGGCAGAGAGCACCACCGAGACCGAGAGGAGAGGAAGGGCAUCAAGGAGAGCAGUGGGAGUCGAGAACAGAAAGAUCCAGAUCAACCCAAAGAUCAAGAGAGCAAGAGGGACGACAAGGACCGCAGACGAGAUGCUGAGAGGUCUGACAAAGGCCGAGAAAGAGAGCGAACAAAAGACAGAGAUCGAGACAAGGACAAGAGCCGCGAUCGGGAGAAAGACAAGACUCGAGAGAAAGAGCGGGAACGAGAGAAGGAUCGUAACAGAGAGAAGGAGAGAGAGCGGGAUAAAGAUCGAGAUAAGAAGAAGGAGAGGGAAUCUCACAAAGACAGAGAACGGGACAAAGAUCGUGAGCGCGAGAAACGGCGGGAGAAAGAGAAGGACAAAGAAAGACCCAGAGAGACUGAGGAGAAACUAAAAGACAGAGGCGACAGAAAGAUCAAGGCAGCGGAGGAGAUCAGCAAGUCAAAACCUCAGCCGGAGGUUGCAAGUAAAACACACCAAGCUGAAACUGAAGAGGCUGAGGGCGGUGAACUGGAGCCUUCAGAUCUCACUGAAAUCCAGGCUGAGAGUCCUUCCCGGAUCCCAAGGCCUUCAUCAGCUAAAGGACAGCGGCGGAAGCCCAAAACAGGAGGUCAAGGUACUGAACAAGACGAGACAGAGAGUGAAGGAGAAGCAGAAGCUCCUUCAGCAGAGAAACCAAUUCCUCUUGAGAAUGGGGACGUUACAGAUUCUGCCACUCUGCAAACAACACUCAGUAGAAGAUUACCACGGCCAAGCAGUGCUCGACCAGCAGCUCCUCGUGUGAAGAGACAAGAGAGCUACACUGAUGCCACUCCAGCUGAGAGGCUUGGCAGUGGCAAGACCCCUGCAUCCGUCAUUCUGGAUGGCAAGAAGCUCUCUGAAGAUGAGGAUGAUGAAGAUGGGCAGUUUGUGGUGGAGGAGGCAGCUCCACCUCCAUCUGAUGUACCUGAAGUGGAGAGUAAUUCACUUGAGUUGCAAGGCGAUGACAAACAUGGUGGACUUGUGAAAAAAAUCUUGGAGACAAAGAAAGACUAUGAAUCAUCUCCAUCCUCCAAGUCAAAAGAGCAGGACCGGUCGCUGGUGUCGGAGGCGUCUCGUAAGAAGGAGCGUGAACUGGUGGCAAGGGAGAUCGAGCGUCUGCGUUCCUCCAUACAGACGGUGUGCCGAAGCGCUCUGCCUCUGGGAAAGAUCAUGGACUACAUUCAGGAGGAUAUGGACUCCAUGCAGAACGAACUGCAGAGCUGGCGAAGAGAGAACAAGGAGAAUGCACAGGCUCUGCUGCAGGAACAGAGAAUCACAGACGGUGUAGUGGAGCCUCUUAAAGUGGAGCUCGCCGAACUGGAGCAGCUAAUCAAAGACCAACAGGACAAGAUCUGCGCAGUCAAGUCCAACAUCCUGAAAAACGAGGAGAAGAUCCAGAAGAUGGUGUCCAGCAUCAGCUUCUCCUCGCAAACGUGAACACAAGACACUUCCCCAAUGAAAGCUGAAGCACUGAGCUCUUGUUAACAGACGUGGAGAGACAGCAGAAGGUUACAGGUACAGUCAAGAGUCAAACCUCCACCAAAACCCUUCAUGUAAGGUGCCUUCUGUAAGACCGGGAGAUCUGUUUGCGCUGGUCCAAACUCACGUCUGCAGUAGAUUUGCACUCGUCACUUGCUUGAGAGAUAAAUGCGUGUGUGGUCACUAUACGUUUCCUGUAUUUUAUUUUUUUAAUACGACUCAUUUGAUCUCCGUUUUCUUAUGAGAGAGAGAGAUUAUAAAAGUAUAUACAGCUAUGGCAAAAAUUACAAGACAACUUGAUGAUUAUAGUCAGUAGAUUUAUUGGUAUGGGUUUGAGUAAAAUGGUCAUAUUUGUGUAAUAUUUAACAGUCUGAUCAACUGUUCUUCUAAAGUUCAAAUAAAAAUACUGACAUUUAGAGUUUUAGAAUGUUUUUCCUCCCGCAAAAUGAAAGGUGGUCAAAAUAACAGAUCUUUUAAAUGAUUUAUUGUGAUUGAGAGUCAGGGUUAUUUCAACAAAUUCUGCACGUCUCUUCUGAAGUUAAAUAUAUAAAAGUUCAAUAAAAGCUAAAUAUAUAUCUUGAAUGAUGGAACUUAUUUAUUUUUUGCUUUGUUUUUUUGACCAA